GUGGCGGGUCUUUUGUUUUCUGUGUGUCUGUUCAUUUUGUUGUUUCCUGCGUGGUUUUGUUUUUUUAUUUUUUGUUAUCUCUUUUGUCCUGUCUUCCCCGGAUAGUGUAUUUUCUCUAUCUUUGUGGAGUACCAAGAUUGAACCAGGGGAUGAAAUACAAUAUCUGGCCUGUGAUUAUACCUUUUAUUAGGCAGCGUAGCCUGUGACCACGGGAAUCGCUCGGUCAAGUGUUUGAUGUCACAAGAAAUAAGCGAUCUACGUUCGCGCACUUCCAGUUGAACGAACUAGGACCCUUUCUCGAACGCGAUUUACACACCCGCACCCGCAACGGCAGGUGGCACGAUACUUCGCUUUCGGUCAGUCCGCCGUCGCGCGUCAGUAUCCCUUUCGGCCGCGGUCGGCAGAAACUAACCACGUCACUGCUGUCAUUUCCCUCUUUUGUCGUUGUCCAUGUUGCCCCCUCCUUAAAUACACGCAGAGGAGGACAAGACGGACGCUGUCAUGACCCUGAUGCACCCGGCCUUUCGCCUACAAUGCCACCGCCAGACCUACGGCGACGACGCGUACCAGGUCAUGCUGCCUGUGCCGUCCACGCUGGAGGAAGAUGACACGCUGCGACCUCCUCUCCCCGUGGAUGGUCAGGCCGGCGCUCCUAAGAAACUCGGGCCGAAGAAGUUCAAGAGGAUCGCGGGGCGCUGGGACAAGUACGCUUCGUCGUCGUUCAACACGCGAGUUUCUGAACUCGGCCCGGCUGCAUCCGGAACCACGGCGGCUCCCUCUCUGUCACAGGGGGGUGCCACGGCGGCUCCCUCUCUGUCGUAG